AUGAUGAAACUUGUGUUUGUUUUUGUUGUGGUUGCGUCUUUCUUUGCGGGUAAGCUAUGGGUAAAUUCAAUAUGUUUCAUUGUGCGUGUACUGUAGGGGUUGCGUGUACUGUAACGUGUUUCAGAACUACGGAGAGCGCCACUGCGUGAGAGUAAUGUUUUUAUAAUUGCUCAUCUGUAUCAAAUAUUUAUUUUGCAAAACUAAAUGGAAUGUAAUACCCGAUCGUUAUGGAGAAGUUAUUUUCAACACAGAACCACAUUCUGACCCAUUUUCUCACGAAUUUACAGAACAUCUAUCACUUCCCGUUGGAAAAGAACGACAGCGAGAAGAUGUGGUACGGAACAUGUUUUUUGUCUCUUGUUGAAUAACUCAAAUUGAAAAGAAAUAGCUUUAUUAUGUAACUCAAAUUGCACUGUAUGCUUUAAUGAGAAUCGUGACAGGUUGUUGGUUACUGUAUUUCAGGUAACACGGUGCUUGGUUGAGGUCCUGUCCAAAGCACUCACCAAACCUGACUCUCACCCUCUGGAUCAGGAAUGCAAAGAUAUUCUCAAAGCAGGCAAGUAGUCUUUACAUUAUUAGUUGUUGUAUUUCAAAAGCAGCAUAUAAUAAGGAUUGUGAAAAGAUAGCAUCAUAUCAUUUCAGAAACUGUGAAAGCAAGUGUUUGUUUACAAGACUGGGGUUAAUGAACCUUGCACUUGCCUUUCAUAAAUGAACACUUGCACUUGAUUCCCUAGCCCCCUGCCCCUCCACUAGCACUGACUUUGCUGAUAGCUACUUUAUUGAGGAAAAAUGUGGUUGUCCCACCUAGCUAUCUUAAUAUUAAUGUACUAACUGUAAGUUGCUCUGCAUAAGAGCAUCUGCUAAAUGACUAAAAUGUAAUAUGUUGGUCUGCUGUGAUGCUACCAAUACAUCACUUUCACCUGUCUUUCUCUGUAAUGUCAAUGGAAAUUAAGGAAAGGAGACGAGCAGAUGAAGCCACUUUAGACUAUUGAGAUGCAGCCCCCAUGUUGACUGGAGGCAGAGAUGGUGAAAGAAUGAGUACAACCAGAGAUACCAGUACUGUAUAUAAUGACGAAAUGGUCUUGUCCCAGCCCUAACAAUGGGAGUCAUUGUCCCAAAGGCGGGAAGGCAGGUGGCCUGCUUAUCGGUCUGCUUAUUGCUGUAUUGCCACGUGGACAGAUUUUGACGGGAGUGGACCAUCUCGCUUGACAGUAAUAUUACACAGGGUUAAUGCUGUAGGUCACAGGACUCAGUGGGGCUUCGGCUACCACAGAGAAUAGAGAUGUAGAGCUACAACCUGGCAACCAGCUGAGGCUACCACAGAGAAUAGAGAUGUAGAGCUACAACCUGGCAACCAGCUGAGGCUACCACAGAGAAUAGAGAUGUAGAGCUACAACCUGGCAACCAGCUGAGGCUACCACAGAGAAUAGAGAUGUAGAGCUACAACCUGGCAACCAGCUGAGGCUACCACAGAGAAUAGAGAUGUAGAGCUACAACCUGGCAACCAGCUGAGGCUACCACAGAGAAUAGAGAUGUAGAGCUACAACCUGGCAACCAGCUGAGGCUACCACAGAGAAUAGAGAUGUAGAGCUACAACCUGGCAACCAGCUGAGGCUACCACAGAGAAUAGAGAUGUAGAGCUACAACCUGGCAACCAGCUGAGGCUACCACAGAGAAUAGAGAUGUAGAGCUACAACCUGGCAACCAGCUGAGGCUACCACAGAGAAUAGAGAUGUAGAGCUACAACCUGGCAACCAGCUGAGGCUACCACAGAGAAUAGAGAUGUAGAGCUACAACCGGGCAACCAGCUGAGGCUACCACAGAGAAUAGAGAUGUAGAGCUACAACCUGGCAACCAGCUGAGGCUACCACAGAGAAUAGAGAUGUAGAGCUACAGCCUGGCAACUAGCUGAGGAGAUAUGAAUAGAGAAACCUACAUUUGUCAUUUAGCAGAUGCUCUUAUCCAGAGCGACUUACAGUUAGUGAGUGCAUACAUUCUUCAUACUGGCCCCCCAUGGAAAACGAACCCACAACCCUGGCGUUGCAAACGCCAUGCUCUACCACUGAGCUACACGGGAGCCAGUAACCUAGAUUAGCAUUCGCUUCUGUAUUGAUGAAAAUUCUACUUAGCUGAAUUUAAAUAUGCCACUAUGGGAGACAGAUAAUGCCUGGGCUUUCUCCAUACACUGUUGAGUGCCAUUUUACAAUGGUCACCUAAAUUAACUAAUCAAGGGUCUAUGAGUAGCUGAUUAGUUGAAUCAGGUGUCAGUGCAGGGCUGGAACAAAAGUGCCAGUGCCUCUGAGUAGCUCUUCUGUCUCUGUAAUGUUUUAAUUGAGGGGGAACUUGCAGAGCGGGGCUUGAAUUGGACAACAUUAGACAAUGACAGAGUAGUAGAAACUGUGGAUAUUGUCAAUACACUAUUGAAUGCCCUUUGAGUGUCUCUUCUCUUUCCACCUCCUGUACAGGUGUCCAACAUGCUGCUCCUGUGGAGAAGAAAAAUGAUGAGGUGCAGACCCAUGAAGAGGAGGGCAAAGGUCCUGAACCUGAGCCUGAGGUUCCAGGGGCCAACGUGAAAGACAUCGAGGCCCUCCUGAAGUCUGUGGAGGAGAAGAGAGAGAGACCUGAGGACGAAGAACGCAGCCAGGAGUCAUGGGACCUCAACGACGAGAAGGAGAAAAGGAUUUGGAAACCAACGCACAGGUAUCAUCAUAAGAAACCCAAUCACAAACGUGAUGAGGAGGUUUCUGAGGAAGUGAGAGAAGACCCGGACGAAGAACAUAGUCAGGAAUCCUGGAGCCUGGGCAAUGAGAAGGAGAAGAGAUAUAGGCCUACCUAUCGGUACACCCCAAAGAAACACCACAAACGAGAUGAAGAGGGUUUAGAGGAAGAGAGAGAAGAGCCAGAUGAGGAACGUAGUCAGGAAUCCUGGAGCCUGGGCAAUGAGAAGGAGAAGAGAUAUAGGCCUACCUAUCGGUACACCCCAAAGAAACACCACAAACGAGAUGAAGAGGGUUUAGAGGAAGAGAGAGAAGAGCCAGAUGAGGAACGUAGUCAGGAAUCCUGGAGCCUGGGCAAUGAGAAGGAGAAGAGAUAUAGGCCUACCUAUUGGUACACCCCAAAGAAACACCACAAACGAGAUGAAGAGGGUUUAGAGGAAGUGAGAGAAGAGCCAGAUGAGGAACGUAGUCAGGAAUCCUGGAGCCUGGGCAAUGAGAAGGAGAAGCGAUAUAGGCCUACCUAUCGGUACACCCCAAAGAAACACCACAAACGAGAUGAAGAGGGUUUAGAGGAAGAGAGAGAAGAGCCAGAUGAGGAACGUAGUCAGGAAUCCUGGAGCCUGGGCAAUGAGAAGGAGAAGCGAUAUAGGCCUACCUAUCGGUACACCCCAAAGAAACACCACAAACGAGAUGAAGAGGGUUUAGAGGAAGUGAGAGAAGAGCCAGAUGAGGAACGUAGUCAGGAAUCCUGGAGCCUGGGCAAUGAGAAGGAGAAGCGAUAUAGGCCUACCUAUCGGUACACCCCAAAGAAACACCACAAACGAGAUGAAGAGGGUUUAGAGGAAGAGAGAGAAGAGCCAGAUGAGGAACGUAGUCAGGAAUCCUGGAGCCUGGGCAAUGAGAAGGAGAAGCGAUAUAGGCCUACCUAUCGGUACACCCCAAAGAAACACCACAAACGAGAUGAAGAGGGUUUAGAGGAAGUGAGAGAAGAGCCAGAUGAGGAACGCAGCCAAGAGUCCUGGAGUCUGGGAGAUGAAAAGGAGAAGAGAGAGGAGGAUGAGGAUGACAGAGAGAAGAGGAUUUGGAAACCAACUCACAGGUACCACCACAAGAAGCAUCACAAACGCAAUGGGGAUUCCUCAGAGGAGGAAGAAGAGGAACGAAGGAGCGAUUCCAAUGAACACGAGGAGGAGAAGAGGCACGGAGAUGCCGAGGAGGAGGAGGAGGAGGAGAGAGAGAGGGAUAGGCAGGAGGCUCUGAGGUAUGUACUGUAUCUAUGUAUUCAUAUAUUUUCCUUUCAGAAACUGUUUUCCAGGCUAUAAAUCUUCAACCAUAAAAAUGUUACCAAAGGACAUUUUAGACACAUGCUUUUGAGACCAAGGACUUGGCUUAAUCUGUGUCCGGGAAACCGGCCCUGAGCAUAAGUUGUGCUGGUGUUUGUGUGACAGAUACCUGGCGGAGAAGAGGAGUGAGGUGGAGAGUCGUUUCCUGGGGGAGGGCGAGGUGUAUGAGAAACGUACUCCAUGGGCUUACAGAGGAUACUACCACCCCGCCUGGUGGAAGAGAAGUACAGAGCCACACACACCAUCGCAUAAGGUUUCUAUGUACAACCUAUUAUAACAUACCUCGUUAGACUGGACUACUGCUGUAUUAGUUUGUAUAGUUUGAGCUAUUUCAUGAUUUUUUCAAUCACUUUUAUUGUUCUUUAAUCAUUUAUAUAUUAAGGUCCUACUUUAAAUCACGUUCAGCUUAUAAAGGCUUCAUAAAGCCUUCACAAUGCCUUUAUAAGCACUACAUAAACGUGCUACAAAGCCUCUAUAACUGUAUGUCAUGCUUUAUGAAGGGUUAAUAAAUGUGGCAUAACUGUGUGACAUAAUCACCAAUGUCGUGGAUCCCAGGAAGAGUAGCUGCUGCUUUUGCAACAGGUAAUGGGGAUCCUAAUAAGAUACCAAAUACCAAAUGUCAAAUAUUUACAUUUACAUUUUAGUCAUUUAGCGGACGCUCUUAUCCAGAGCGACUUACAGGAGCAAUUAGGGUUAAGUGCCUUGCUCAAGGGCACAUUUACGUCAUUUAGCAGACGCUCUUAUCCAGAGCGACUCACCAAUUGGUGCGUUCACCCUAUGGCCAGUGGGAUAAUCACUUUACAAUUAUUAUUUUUUUUUUUUUGGGGGGGGGGGGGGGGGGGGGGGGUAGAAGGAUUACUUUAUCCUAUCCCAGGUAUUCCUUAAAGAGGUGGGGUUUCAAAUGUCUCCGGAAGGUGGUGAGUGACUCCGCUGUCCUGGCGUCGUGAGGGAGCUUGUUCCACCAUUGGGGUGCCAGAGCAGCGAACAGUUUUGACUGGGCUGAGCGGGAACUAUGCUUCCGCAGAGGAAGGGGAGCCAGCAGGCCAGAGGUGGAUGAACGCAAUGCCCUCGUUUGGGUGUAGGGACUGAUCAGAGCCCGAAGGUACAGAGGUGCCGUUCCCCUCACUGCUCCAUAGGCAAGCACCAUGGUCUUGUAGCGGAUGCGAGCUUCAACUGGAAGCCAGUGGAGUGUGCGGAGGAGGGGGGUGACGUGAGAGAACUUGGGAAGGUUGAACACCAGACGGGCUGCGGCAUUCUGGAUGAGUUGUAGGGGUUUGAUGGCACAGGCAGGGAGGCCAGCCAACAGCGAGUUGCAGUAGUCCAGACGGGAGAUGACAAGUGCCUGGAUUAGGACCUGUGCCGCUUCCUGUGUAAGGCAGGGUCGUACUCUCCGAAUGUUGUAGAGCAUGAACCUGCAGGAGUGGGUCACCGCCUUGAUGUUGGCGGAGAACGACAGGGUGUUGUCCAGGGUCACGCCUAGGCUCUUCGCACUCUGGGAGGAGGACACAGCGGAGUUGUCAACCGUGAUGGCGAGAUCAUGGAACGGGCAGUCCUUCCCCGGGAGGAAGAGCAGCUCCGUCUUGCCAGGGUUCAGCUUGAGGUGGUGAUCCGUCAUCCAUACUGAUAUGUCUGCCAGACAUGCAGAGAUGCGAUUCGCCACCUGGUUAUCAGAAGGGGGAAAGGAGAAGAUUAGUUGUGUAUCGUCAGCGUAGCAAUGAUAGGAGAGGCCAUGUGAGGAUAUGACAGAGCCAAGUGACUUGGUGUAUAGGGAGAAAAGGAGAGGGCCUAGAACUGAGCCCUGGGGGACACCAGUGGUGAGAGCACGUGGUGCGGAGACAGCUUCUCGCCACGCCACUUGGUAGGAGCGACCGGUCAGGUAGGACGCAAUCCAGGAGUGAGCCGCGCCGGAGAUAUAUAUGAUAUAUACCUGUGCUUUAUAAAGGGUGACAUGUUGUGCUGAAGGAUUUAACACGCUCCAAAGUGAAGUCAUGUUAGUGACAUUACACCUAAUCUCGUUCCAAGACACCGCCCAAAUGCACGGAACGUCUACUGGACCAACACAUAAAACUUGGCCUUCAUUAGGGAAAGAGGUUGGGCCAUUCUAUAAAUGUUUUAGAGUAAUAUAAUAUAUACAAUUUAGUAGACGCUUUUAUCCAAAGCGACUUACAGUCAUACAUGCAUACAUUUUUAUGUAUGGGUGGUCUCGGCAAUCGAACUCACUAUCCUGGCAUUGCAAUGCUCUACCAAGAUGCAUGACAAGGUUAUAAAUGCUUUGUGAAGCCUCAAUUUAAUAUGAUUUAUAAAGCCUUUAUUAAUCGGUGCUUGUGCCACCUUUUAUAAAGCACAGGUUUAUGUCAUAUUUGACAUUGGUGGUUAUGUCACACAGUUAUGCCACAUUUAUGAUCCCUUUAUAGUGCAUGACAUACAGUUAUAGAUGAUUUGUGACACAUUUAUGUAGCGUUUAUGAAGGCUUUCUGAAGCCUUUAUGAGCUACACGUCAUUUAAAUCGGGACCUAUAUUAAUCUAUCGUUAUGCUUAUCAAUGGUUUAUUUUGAUUGUUAAUUGUAUAGAGAUGGUUUAAUACACUAAAGUGUGAUGUGAUUUGAUUGGCAAAGAUGGAGGAACUGGCGAAGCUGCUGACCUAUAAGGAUCCCCAGCUGGCCAGUCAAUCAGAACCGGCGGAGGAGGAAAAGAAGAAGAGUUUAUCUCUAACCCCAGAGGAGGUAACAUUUGAGCAUCACAAAUAA